UUCACUUCCAUUUAGGUGAGCUGUAUUUUAUGUCUACCUCUUAUCCCAGUGCCUAUGCACCACAAGGAUCGCUCUACAAGCUUAUUGAUCAUGCAAGGAGAGCUCCACCAGGGAAGUGUAAAUACAAGCCUGUUCCAGGGAAAACAAAGAGUAAGCAGAUACCAUUUGUUCCACGUGCAAAGACUGUCCUUGAGCUGCUUAAUGAAUCUUCAACAGCCAAGCCUCCAAAAACAUCUUCUACCCUUCCUGCAGCCAUCUUAACAGUUUCUUCUAAGAAAGCAAAAAAACCCUCAUCCACCAAAAUAAAAGCAUCAGCAGUGCAACCAGCUCCAUCUGGUAAAGAGAGAAAGAGAAUCAAAGCUGAAGCUAAACCUCACAAGCCAAGGCAGGGAGAAAAGGUUGCACGCAACUCCAGAGCUACACUAGCACCACCUCUGCCUAGAAGGAAGAGCUCCCACCUAGCCAGACCCAAGAAGGUUCUUCCAAAGAAUGCAGCACUAGCCAAGGGAAAACUGGAGGAGGAAGAAGCAGCUUUUGAAGCUCAGUGA